AUGCCCCCAGUGGGCGGGGUCUCCCGGGCCGUGUCCACCGCUGCGCCCAUUUACCCGCCAGCGCAGGGGCACUUCAUCUCGCUGACCCCGACGCUGAGGCUGGGCGAGAGCUGCAACAGCAGAGGCUGGCGGUGGCACUCGUGCUGGAGGAAACAGAAGCAAGGUUCUCCAUUACAGCGGAAUGUCCUUCUCCUCCUCGUUGCUUUUCUGAUGAUCUGUGGACUCUUGUUCUACGUGAAUACGGCUGACCACUGGAAAGCCCUGAAUGACAGGUCGUCGGAAAAACAGAAGCUGCGAGCAGACGUGUCUGGACUGAAGCCAGCGCACCCUCCUGUCCUGCCGGUUCCCCAGACGGCGGGUGCUGCCCAAGGCUCCCCGGAGACUCCGCCUCAGACACCUCGGAAGCACUUCCGACGGGGGCCCCCCAGCCUGCCUUAUGAAGGUAUGACCGACAGCAAGCAGGGCGGUGCUGAGGAGCAGAGAGAGGGGUUGCAUGGAGCCACCCGAGAGCGUGCCUCAGGUACAGUUUGGGGUGAAGCCAUCCAGGUGCCAAGUGCCAUGACGCCCCACAUGUGCAAACUACUCACAGAGAUGAACGAGGGUAAUGCUCCCCAAUCUGGCUGCCACCUCUGGGGAGGGCUACCUGGGGGCUUUGAUGGCUGUGACGUCCCUUGCUCCCUGAAGCCAUCUGCUGCGGACAGGACCCAGCGUGACUCUCUGCUGGACAGCCUGGCUCCCAUCACAUGCCCUAGUGCCCACAGGCCAUGGAUGGUCCAGUUCCAAAUCUCCCCUGCAGAGCAAGAGACGGGCACCGAGGCCCUGGUAAGCCAGUCUCCCCUGAACAAGCGCCAGAAGGCGGUGGUGGACGCCUUCCUGCACGCAUGGAAGGGCUACCGCAAGUACGCGUGGGGCCACGAUGAGCUAAGGCCCGUGUCCAGGUCCUUUGUCGAGUGGUUCGGCCUUGGCCUCACCCUGGUCGAUGCCCUGGACACCAUGUGGAUUCUGGGCCUGACCAAAGAGUUUGAAGAAGCCAGGAAGUGGGUGUCCCAGAAGUUGCAGUUCCAGAAAGACGUGGAUGUCAACCUGUUUGAGAGCACGAUCCGGAUCCUGGGGGGGCUGCUGAGCACAUACCACCUGACUGGGGACAGCCUCUUCCUGGAGAAAGCCAAAGAUUUUGGAAAUCGGCUCUUGCCUGCAUUCAGGACUCCCUCUAAGAUUCCAUUCUCAGAUGUGAACAUCGGCACUGGCAGUGCCCACCCUCCACGGUGGACCUCAGACAGCACGGUGGCCGAGGUGACCAGCAUUCAGUUAGAGUUCCGGGAGCUCUCUCGUCUCACAGGAGAAAUGCACUUCCAGGAUGUUGUGCAGGAGGUGACGCGGCGCGUCCACUGGUUGUUCGGGAAGAUGGACGGGCUGGUGCCCAUGUUCAUCAACACCCACAGCGGUCACUUCACACACCUGGGAGUGUACACGCUGGGCGCCAGGGCCGACAGCUAUUACGAGUACCUGUUGAAACAAUGGAUCCAGGGCGGGAAGAAGGAGCCGCAGCUCCUGGAGGACUACGUGGAGGCCAUCGAGGGCGUCAAGAGGCACCUGCUGCGGCAUUCGGAGCCCAGCAAGCUCACCUUCAUCGGGGAGCUUGCCCACGGCCGCUUCAGCGCCAAGAUGGACCACCUGGUGUGCUUCCUGCCUGGGACGCUAGCUCUGGGUGCCCACCACGGGCUGCCGGCCGAGCACAUGGACCUGGCCAAGACGCUGAUGGAGACCUGCUACCAGAUGAACCGCCAGAUGCAGACAGGGCUGAGUCCGGAGAUCGCUCACUUCAAUGUGGUCGCCCAGGACGGUCACCAGGACGUGGAGGUCAAGCCGGCGGACAGACACAACCUGCUGCGGCCAGAGACGGUGGAGAGUCUGUUCUACCUGCACCGCUGCACAGGGGACAGCAAGUACCAGGACUGGGGCUGGGAGAUCCUGCAGAGCUUCAACACCUACACGCGGGUCCCCACGGGUGGUUACUCAUCCAUCAACAAUGUCCAGGACCCCAAGAGGCCAGAGCCCGGGGACAAAAUGGAGAGUUUCUUUCUGGGGGAGACACUGAAGUAUCUGUACCUGCUCUUCUCUGACGACACCAACCUGCUCAGUCUGGACACCUAUGUGUUCAACACUGAAGCCCACCCCCUGCCCAUCUGGACGUCCACCUAA